AUGCGGUUAUACAUCAUCUUUAUCCUGGUAAGUGGCCUGUGCCACAAUCUACAGUGCAUCCAGUUGGGCAAUCCAACAGAUCCGAUAGAUUUGCAGCUGCAGGAAAAGCUACUGAAAAUAUUGGAGAGAAUUCGUCUGGAACGGAACUAUGAUACCAUUGUCAUAUAUGGACAGAGUGGAGGAGAGGACUGUUUGUUUCAUGAGCUGCUCCCCAAGCUGCAGCUGCCAACAGUGCUGCUCACCAAAGGCAGCAGCCUUAGCGAUUGGAGCUUCAGCAGUGAUUCCCUACUGCUGUGCUGUGAUUCCAAGGCGGAACAGGAGCAGAAUACGCGCAGCUUACUAAGGCUGCAGCAGGCACGACGCCUGGUCUAUCUGGAAUCCGAGAUGCAGCCACAGUGGCUCUGCGAGGAUUACUUUGAGAGGGAGCAACACAAUGUGGCCAUGAUGAAUGCACAGGGCGACUUAUUCAGCUGUCGCCUCUUUCAAGAGAUUAAUCACGUGCAGCUGGAUAUCAACUCAGACUCAAAAUCCGCUUUCGAUUCAAUUUAUGUGCAGCAAUUUCGGAACAUGCAAGGAGCAGUGAUUAGAAGCGAACCGGAUCAGUGGGCUCCAUCAACCAUUGUUUAUAUCGAUGCCAUUACGGGCAAACUCAAAAUGGCUGAUGCGGCAAUUUUGGUGAAUACGUUUGUGGAACGCGUGAAUGCAACACUUCAAUUGCCCGAAGACUUAGAAGUUGGCCAUGUUAGCAGACCGGACGACAUAUUUCCCAAGACGCUCCAAAACCAACUUGAUAUAGCUGCAACACUGUACAGCACUACCACCGAUCUAGAAAAUCUGGAUCAUCUUAGCUAUCCUUAUCUGUCCAGUUCGUAUUGCUUAAUGUUGCCAGUGCCAUCAAAGCUGCCCUAUAUGGAAAUCUAUACAAUUAUUGUGGAUCCUCUCGUUCUUGUCAUUAUAAUUGUGCUAUUUGUGAUAUUCUCGCUGCUGCUCAUCUACAGCCAGAAGUUGUCCUGGCACCAACUGAGCCUUGCCAAUGUCAUACUCAAUGAUCGCUGUCUGCGUGGACUGUUGGGACAAUCUUUCCCUUUCCCAAAUAAUUCCACUCGGCAUUUGAAAGUGAUUUGUUUGAUCGUCUUCUUUGCCAGUCUGAUGAUCACCACCAUGUACGAGACGUAUCUGCAGAGCCUCUACACGAGUCCACCUUCCAAGAAGAUGUUACGCAGCCUUGACGAUUUUCGAAUUUCCCGUUACAAAAUAGCCAUAGUCCGCUCUGAGCUGGAUAAGCUAAGCCAUCUACAUAAUCUAAGCAUUGACAAAGCUCGCAAUGCUUAUGUUUUGGAUAAUUCGAAUGACUUUUUAACACUCCGCGAUACCUUCAAUGCCAGUUACCUGUAUCCCGUGACAGAACUACGCUGGCGCAGCUAUGCGGAGCAACAGCAAUACUUCAAGGAGCAAGCUUUCUAUUACUCCAAUGAUAUCUGCUUCAGGCGCUUCGUGAUAUUUGGUUUCCCACUACGACGACAUCUGCCUUAUCGCCAACAGUUUGAGCAGCAUAUGCUUUACAUGCAGGCUUUUGGGUUGACGCAGUUCUGGAUUAGUCGAAGCUUUUAUGACAUGGUGGUGUUCAAUGUGACAAAGCUAAUGGACUACAGUAAUCCCAAGACACCGGAGGAAUCGCUUUAUCUACGGGAUCUAUGUAGUCAUGCGGUUAUACAUCAUCUUUAUCCUGAUCCGAUAGAUUUGCAGCUGCAGGAAAAGCUACUGAAAAUAUUGGAGAGAAUUCGUCUGGAGCGGAAUUAUGAUACCAUUGUCAUAUAUGGACAGAGUGGAGGAGAGGACUGUUUGUUUCAUGAGCUGCUCCCCAAGCUGCAGUUGCCCACAGUGCUGCUCACCAAAGGCAGCAGCCUUAGCGAUUGGAGCUUCAGCAGUGAUUCCCUACUGCUGUGCUGUGAUUCCAAGGCGGAACAGGAGCAGAAUACGCGCAGCUUACUAAGGCUGCAGCAGGCACGACGCCUGGUCUAUCUGGAAUCCGAGAUGCAGCCACAGUGGCUCUGCGAGGAUUACUUUGAGAGGGAGCAACACAAUGUGGCCAUGAUGAAUGCACAGGGCGACUUAUUCAGCUGUCGCCUCUUUCAAGAGAUUAAUCACGUGCAGCUGGAUAUCAACUCAGACUCAAAAUCCAGUUUCGACUCAAUUUAUGUGCAGCAAUUUCGGAACAUGAAAGGAGCAGUGAUUAGAAGCGAACCGGAUCAGUUGGCUCCGUUUUCCUUUGCUUUCAGCGAUCCCAUAUCGGGCAAACUCAAAAUGGCUGGCUUUGCGGCCAAUGUGGUGAAUACGUUUGCGGAACGAGUAAAUGCAACGCUGGAGUUGCCCGAAGAUUUAGAAGUUGGCCGGAUUGGCAAGAGCGAAAUAUGGCUCAAGACGCUCCAUAACCAACUUGAUAUAGCUGCAAUGCUUGAGCGCAAUUCGGAUGCCAUUCAUCUUGAUUAUCUCAGUUUUCCGUAUAUAUCCUCUUCGUAUUGCUUUAUGGUGCCAGUGCCAUCAAAGAUGCCCUUUAUGGAAAUCUAUACGAUUAUUGUGACUCCUCGCGUUCUUGUUAUUAUUAUAAUAUUAUUUGUGAUAUUCUCUCUGUUGCUCAUCUACAGCCAGGAGUUGUCCUGGCACCAACUGAGCCUUGCCAAUGUCAUACUCAAUGAUCGCUGUCUGCGUGGACUGUUGGGACAAGCUUUCCCUUUCCCAAAUAAUCCAAGUCGCUAUUUGAAAGCUACUUGCCUGAUUCUGUUCUUUGCCAGUCUGAUGAUCACCACCAUGUACCAGACGUAUCUGCAGAGCCUCUACACGAGUCCACCGUCCGAGAAUAUGUUACGUAGCUUUGACGAUUUUCAAAAUUCUCGUUACAAAAUAGCCAUUGUCCGCAAUGAGUUAAAUAGCCUAGAGCGUUCCUAUAAUCUAACCUUGGCCAGUGCACCCAAUGCUUACAUCAUGGAAAGUUGGGAUGACUUUUUAAAAUUGCGCGAUUCUUUUAAUGCCAAUUAUAUUUAUGCUGUGACAAAGAUGCGCUGGAACACCUACGUUGAGCAGCAGAAAUUCUUCAAGGAGCAGGCGUUUUAUUAUUCCCAAGACGUCUGCUUCAGUCGCUCCGUGAUGUAUCAUUUCACAAUACGACGACAUCUGCCCUAUCGCCAACAGUUUGAUCAGCAUAUGCUUUACAUGCAGGAUUUUGGGCUGAUGAAGUUAUGGUUUGGUCGGAGCUUCUAUGAUAUGGUGCGCUUGAAUAUGACAGAGAUGGAGGACCACAGUAAUCCUUUACCAGCGGGAAAAGCGGUUUUUCUACGGGAUCUAGUCUACAUAUUUGAGUUCUAUGCGGUUUUCCAUAUAAUUGCCUGCUUUUGUUUUGCUAUUGAAUGCUUUUGGGGCAGAUCUCGACGGAUUGCACCAAUUCGAAAUUUAUAA